AUGGAUCCUGCUCCUCAGAAGGAUCAAGAUCGGGUCAUCCCAACUGUGCUGGAUGCAGGAGAGACACCAGAGGGGGAUAGCUUGGGUGGUCAGCCACUAUCUCCCAAGGAUGAAAGGAUUGUUGCUGGGAAUCCCCCCUCUGAUGUAUCAGUCAUAGGGCCUGCAAGGUCUGCCAUUGAGCGACCACAUACUACAGAUGCAAGUGAAGGUCUUCGCAUUAUACCUCCAAAUGAUGUUUAUACUCAUCAUGAACAGAACUUCUCUUAUGGAAGUUAUGGCAAUGGAACCGGUACGUGGGAUGGAUACGCUCAAUAUCCUAGCUCUGCUGAGGGUUUACAUAUGUCUCCUGUGAUAUAUAAUGAUAACUCGUCUCUUGUUUAUCCUUCUGGGUAUGGCUUCAAUCCUGAUAUGACAUAUGGGCAGUACUCUCCUGUUGCCACACCUGUGCCUUCCAUAAUGCUUGAUGGUCAACUAUACUCUCCUCAGCAGAUCCCAUUCUCACCAUCUUUCUAUCCCCAACAUAACCCAAAUUUCCCUUCCUCUUUCCCUGUCUCGCCAUCGGAGUUUAUGGCAUCAGAAAGUAAUAAUGAAAGCUUGAUGUUUGGGCCUGGCUCCGGUUACUUUGUGCAUUAUGGGUCUUUCGGUGGGGGGAGCAUGUCUGGUGCACCUGGUACCAGUCCAUUAACAUCUCCUGCUGCUUAUCAUCAACCUAUGGGUAUAUUGGGUCCAUACGAGCACCAUGUUGGACAGAUUUCCCAACAAAGACCAGUGCAUGGAUAUGGAUCAACUUCAACUUCCUCUAUGGGAAGAUAUCAGCGUGUGGGAUCAUAUCAGGCCUCUAACUUUGGUGGCAGUUCUGUUUCUUAUGCUGGAGAUAGGACACGGUUCGGUCUUGAUAAGGGUAGAAGAAGAGAAAGAGAGCAAGAAUCACUUUAUUUUGCGAGCGAGUCUUUUGGGUUUGAUCGUAAUCGAGGACCUCGGGCUUCAAAAGUUAGAAGUAAGACUGCCACUGAGCAAGCUUAUUCUGGUAAUGGGAUUGUUGAAUCAUCAGGGUCCGAUGCUACGUCAAGUUUAUACAACCGUCCAGAUUUCGCGACUGAUUAUGAUAAUGCAAAGUUUUUCAUAAUAAAGUCGUUCAGUGAAGAUAAUGUGCAUAAAAGUAUCAAAUAUGGGGUAUGGGCUAGCACACCUCACGGGAACAAAAAGUUGGAUGCUGCUUAUAGCCAGGCGAAGGAGAUAGAUGCUAAAUGUCCAGUAUUUCUCUUGUUUUCGGUCAAUGCUAGCGGACAGUUCUGCGGGGUAGCUGAAAUGCUUGGCCCUGUGGAUUUUGGCAAAGAUGCUGAUUACUGGCAGCAAGAUAGGUGGAGUGGCCAGUUUCCAGUUUGCUGGCAUAUUGUUAAAGAUGUUCCGAACAGUCGAUUUCGUCAUAUAAUCCUUGAAAAUAAUGACAACAAACCUGUUACUCAUAGUCGAGACUGUCAAGAGGUGAAACUAGAACAUGGGAUUGAGAUGUUGAAUAUAUUCAAGGGUCAUGACUCACAUACAUGCAUCCUAGAUGAUUUUGAAUUUUAUGAUCAGCGGGAGAGAACUUUGAAGGAAAGGAGGAGCAAGCAGGAAACGAUUCUCGCUAUGGAUUCUUCAGCUUUACUUGGUUAUGAGACCCUUAGUAAGGUCUCUGACACUUUUGCAGAAGGACUUAAGUUGGAUGAUGGUGCUAAAGAAAAGGCAGCAGGUGAAGCUGCUACUGGCUUAAUCACUGAUGUUGUACAAUACCCUGCUGCAAAUGAUUCCGGUUCUGCUGUGGUGGCUGUCAGCAAUGCAUCCAACCCUAUUGUAUCAUCUGACAAGGAUUUUGUCAUAACUAAAUCAUCUGAUGGAUUGAAUUUGGACGAUGAUGACAAGAUAGUGCAGAAAGAUGAAUUGGGUGUUGAUAACCAAGAUUCAGCUCAUUGGUAA